AUGAGCCUUUCAACAAGCACUGCCAGUACCUUGAACUACAUUUCAAAUGCUGUCUCAGUUUUGAAUCACCCACUUUUACCUGAUUCACAUCGAAAAUCGAAGAAAGCGGAGGUAAAGCAAGAGGUGGAAGAUGAAGAACCCAACAAAUCGGCUGAAUUCUUUGAUCCACUUGGCGUUCAAGGUGUAGAUGAGGUUGUGGAAAAGUUUUCGACAGCUGCUUUACAUCAAAAGAAUGGCAAAGUUGAGGAUGAAGGAAAGAUUGAGCUGUUUGUUGAUGGACCUUUGUCGAACACAUUAGAAGAGAAGGAAGAAGAUGCUGUACCUGAACUGGACUUGAAAUUUGUUGACUUUAAACCUUGGAGAGAGUAUAAGAAGAAGAUUUUGGACAAGUUUUAUUCAGAAAAUGUGUUUACCCUGGAGUCUAGCUUUUUGAAGCCACCAAAAGGGACGAAGGGUCAACAUGUUGGUGUAGGGUAAGUUAAUUUUGUUGUUUUUGUUAUGUUUUUAGGUAUGAUCACAUAGGAAGUUAUGUUCUAAAGAUGUAGAAUUAAAUUCUCUUGCUUUUGAUGCAUAAUAAAUGUUGUUUCAGAUCAAAACCGGGUUAUGGGCAUCAAAAACCUUCACCAUCUACUUUUAAAUUUACGAAUUUGACCGAAGAGGAUUUUAUUCGUAAAUUUCGAGAUCUACGUGUUACUUUAUUAAGAUUAUGGGCUCAAGAAGAACGAGUGCAAUGUAUUUCAGUACGUUCUUACAUGAUUUCCAAUUUGGUCUACAGUAACUUAAUUUAUCUUCAAUUUUUGGAUACUAAUCAUGAUCUUUGAUGAACAAUUAUGUUUUUAAACACGACUUUUUCAGUUAUGUCGUGAAGUAGCUCAAAUUAUGACACAAAGUUCCUUAGGCAAUUUUUAUCCUAAGGCAUUUGUUUUGGUGACGGAUUUUAUGGACAUUUUUGGACAUUUGGUUUAUCAACGAUUGUUGGAGAAGGCUAAACAAGAACGUCGUCAAGCUGGUCUCUCGGCUUUACCAACACACUUUUCGACCAUAGAUGUGUUGGAGAAGACUAGAAUAGUGGCUAGAAACUGGUUUGGCAAGCUGGGAGAGAUUACUGAUGUCAUACCUCAUCUUUAUAGUAAGUUAAUAUGAUUUUUUUGGUUUUUAGGUAACAAACUGGAAACAUCUUGAUCUUAUGGCUUGAGAAUACAAUUUAAUGGCUUAAUUUUACCUUUUUGACUUUAUAGUUGGAUGUGCCUUAAUGCCAAUAAUGAAGUUCAUGGACGAAAACUCAAUUUCCGAAAAUCUCGACCGCUUAUGUCAAUUGGCUGCUAUUUUACCACACCCAUUAGUAGCGUCAUACGCCAGAUGCUUUGUUUGUCGGGUAGCCAUGAGAAUCGAACCUUCUAAUCGAGCACCACAUUGGAAAUGUCUCAAUGAUUGGAUGCAAACCUUCAAACAACAGCCGGUAAGGACAUGAAAACAAAGUUUUUGCCAUUUUUUGUCUUGUAAUGAAAGUUAUUGCGAUUUUUCGUUUUGAAAUGAAAGUUUAUUUCAUUUUUCGCCUUGAUUUCUUAUUUUGUGUCAUUUUCGUUUUUGGAAACAAAGUUGGAAGAUUUGUAAUGUAAUUUGCACUGAAAAUCUUCCACCCAACUUCCAUUUUUAAAUGACUGAAAGUAGCAUAAAAACACGUUUUUAACACUUUUUAGAGAUGAAAGUUUGGUGGAAGAUUUUUAGUGCAAAAUAUAUUACAAAUCUUCCACUUAACUUUCACUUCCAAAAAUGGGGAAAAACGUGUUUUUAGGCCAUUUUAAGACAUUUUAAAAAUGGAAGUUAGUGGAAGAUUUUUAGUGCAAAAUACAUUACAAAUCUUACACUUAACUUCCACUUUUUUAAAAGUAUUUUUGUUGUAAAAUUAUGGGUUUCAAGCCAUUUUUCAACUUAACAUUGUCAUAAUUCUAGGUAAGUCUUCUCUGGCCUCCGUUAGAAUACAUAAUUCAAUGCGUAGCCUACAGCGCAGUAACAUACGACGACAUUCUACCAUUAUGGGAAUAUGCCAAGUUACCAGAAAAACGACAAUUCGUAUUCAAAUGUCUUCUGCAUGCCUUGCCAAGUCAUUAUCUAGCCGAAUUUUGCGUUGAAACUUGUAAAAUACUGGUCGAAUCGCCGAACGUCGAAGAGAUCACGGCCUUCGGAGAGAGUCUAGAGAAAACCAACAUUGCCGAACCGAAUCGAAAGCCAUUGCUUAAGGCGAUUUGGAAAAUGCUUCAAAAGUUGGGGAUGAAAGAGUUUGUGGAGGGAAUGGCAGUUUGGAUUGAGUUCGUGGCCAAGUACUUUACAGUAUCUGAGAUUCAGAUAGUACUCGAUGGACUGUGCGGAAAGCUGGAGAAUGAUCGGGUAGGUUGAGGUGGUUUUUGGGGUGGGCAAAGUAAGGUGGGGUAGGGUGGGUUAUGAUAGGGUAAGGUAAGGUAGGGCUGGGUGGGUUAAGGUAGGGUUAGGUAAGGUAGGGCAGGAUGGGUCAAGAUAGGCUAAGGUAAGGUAGGGCAGGGUAGGGUAUAGUUAAGUAUGAUAAGGCAAGUUUAAGAUAGCGUAGGACAAAUUAGGAUAGGGUACAAUAAAUAUGGCAGAAUGGGGCAAGGUAAGGAUAAGUCUAUAGGGCUUGGCUUCGUUAGGAUUUACGCCGCAGUAAACACUGUAUUACUGUAGAAAGAGGCUUACAAGAUUACUGUAGAGUAAGAGAAGGGUUGAGUAUUCUUAAAACAAGCUUUUGGCAGAGUUGUCAUAUUACUGGGCUAGGGUUACAUUGAGACUGGGAUCGGGUAGGGUUAGCUUAUGGUAUUGUUAGAGCUUUUACAGUAGGUUAUCGAUUAAGGUGCCUUUAGUCUUUAGCUUAAAACUACUGUAACGAUACCAUAGGUCGGGUAGGGUAAGAUAAGUAUAGUAUUGCACGGUAGGGUAGGGUAGGGUAGAGUUGGGUAAGGGAGGGUAGGGUAGGGUAUGGUAGGGUAGAGUAGGGUAGGGUAGGGCAGGGUUGGGUAUGGCAGGGUAGGAUUGGGUAGGGUAGAGUAGGGUAGGGUAAAAUAGGACAGGGGAGGGUAAGGUAAAAUUUAGCGAAUGUUUUCUGAUUUUUGCCAUUUUAGGUAUACCUAGUCCCCCAACAACUACUUUUGGGAAUUUUAUCAAAAAUUCUGUCGCAAUUACGAGAUGUCUCAAUAUUUCUCACCCUACCAGUAUUCUCAAAUUUUACCGCAUUAUUUACCGAGAAAAACAUGCGAAAACAGAUGAGUGUUCAGAUAUUGGAAGCGGUAGUGUCAAAACAUAAGCUGGGGACAAUCAGUGAUCUGGACUUGGCUUAUCAAGUUGGUUAUUUGAGUUCUUGUUCUUUUAUGGCUUGUAAAGAAAGUUCUUGCUAUUUUUUGGUUUGUAAAUAAAGUUCUUGCCAUUUGUUGUUUUUUAAAGAAAGUUUUUGCCAUUUUUUAAAUUUUAUAUUACUUUAGGUAUCAGACGUCUGCAAAAUUCUCCACGAUUGUCUAGAUGUCUUUUCAUCGGCCGAAGAGUCUUCAGAAGCCGUCGAAUUGAUUAAAGGAGCAUUAAAUCGAUUUGAUGUUAAGCCAGACCCAGAAAAUGCACUUUCAUUUUAUGUUGCAACAAGAGCGAAUUUAUUGAACUUGGACGAAUGUCAAAAGGUAAGGGUCUUUGAAUGAUUUUGUUUGUUUUUAGGUAUGAAAUGGAGUGAAAAUGAGGGAAAGUAUAAAAUUUAGAAGAUUUUUGGGGUAUUGGAAAGAAAGUUCUUGCUAUUUUAUGUUUUGGAAAGAAAGUUCUUGCCAUUUUUUGGUCUGUAAAGAAAGUUCUUGCCAUUUUAUGACUUGUAAUGAAAGUUUGUGUCAUUUUUUGUUAUGUAAAAAAGUUCUUGUUAUUUUUUGCGCUGUAAAGAAAGUUCUUGUCAUUUUUUGGGUUUUACCGUAUAACAUGUCACCCGCAGCCUGUAGGCCUUUUGGCACAAAGAGGGUCCUGUAGAGAAAGUUUUUGUCAUUUAUUUUCCUGUAAAGAAAGUUCUUGCCAUUUUAUGACUUGUAAUGAAAGUUUGUGUCAUUUUUUGUUAUGUAAAAAAGUUCUUGUUAUUUUUUGCGCUGUAAAGAAAGUUCUUGUCAUUUUUUGGGUUUUACCGUAUAACAUGUCACCCGCAGCCUGUAGGCCUUUUGGCACAAAGAGGGUCCUGUAGAGAAAGUUUUUGUCAUUUAUUUUCCUGUAAAGAAAGUUCUUGCCAUUUCUUGUUUUUUGAAGAAAGUUCUUUUUAUCUUAUAGUUUGUAAAGAAAGUUUUUGCUAUUUGGUCAAUUUUUUAUUUUUUGGUCUAUUUGUAUGAUUUUUUCGUGUUAAUGCUCUUUUUCAGCACGUUAUUGACCUCAUCCUCGAACUAGCCUUAUAUGUCAUCAAAUCAGCUCGCUUCUCAAUCACAAGAUCAGCCUUUGUCCAAGCUUGUAUAGCAAAUACCUUCAUCACCAUACCCUCCAUAUCAGACAUUCAAAUUCGAAUGGACUCGGCCAUAAAAUCGGCCGAAAUUGCGUUAGCCGGCCAAGCAUACCUCCAACUCGACUCGCUAAUGGAUCUGAUUCAAGAAGAAUUGGAAAAUCUUCAGAAUCUAGACGAAAUCGUCCGUUUUAUCAACCAAUAUCUGGGUUUGUUGAUGAUUGUGCCAAAGUUUGAUGAGGAGAAGUACUUGAAAUGGGUGGGGACGUGGAUCAAGGUGGUGGACAGGUGGGUUUGAAUUUUUUUUGUUUUUUAAUAAGGUGCUUAAGGGAAUUUAUAAAAAAAGUUGGCGAAUUGGCGUUGACUUAUGUACGGGCGAAUCAGGCUGAACUUGUGUACGAGCGAAUUUGGCUUGACUUAUGUACGGGCGAAUUAGGCUGAACUUGUGUACGGGCGAAUUUGGUCAAACUUGUGUACGGGCGAAUUGGGCUAAACUAAUGUACGAGCGAAUUGGGUUUAACUUACAAUUGUUAUGUACGACUGAAUUACAAAAAUUCAAUUAGGGGGUGGCUUCUAUCUAUCAAAAUUUUUUAUCUCAAAUUUUUCCAGAAUCUCUGGCCAAAUCAAACCCACAGCAAUAUUAUCGACAAUACAAUUUUUAUACGCUUUAAAAAUCGACCGAAAAUUUAUAAAAACGACAAUAUUAAACAGUGCUCCACUUAAAAACACUACAACGACCCAAAAUGAUGGUACUGCAUCAGACGAACAAGAAAAAUCAACGAUAGAUCAAUAUUUGAAUAGCGUAAUGGAAAUGGCUAGCCAAAUAAUAGCGAAUGAAUCGGAAAAUCGACCAGUAUUUUGCGUCAAAUUUCUCGAACUUUUAUCGAUUUUUGUGGGGAAGGUGGAUGAAAUUGUAAGUUUAUCGACUAAAAAUGAUUCAGGGGGUAGAGUUAGGGUAUGGUAAGGUAGAGUAGGGUAGUGUGAGUUAGAGAAAGGUAAGUUAAGAUAAGGUAGAAGAUGGUAGAGUAGGGUGGGUAGGGUAAAGUUGUAUAGGGUGGGGUAGGUAAAGUAGUAUAGAGUGGGGUGGGGUACGGUAGGAUAUGAUAGGGAAUUGUAGGCUAGCGUAUGGUAGGGUACGGCAAGAUAAGUUAAAGUAUACUAGGAUAGAGUAUUUGACUGUUUGCGACAAAAUCAAUGGAUUCUUCAAGCUGAGUUUCCCUAUUUUUAGGCCUACCAAACCGCUAAAAGUGCAUUUAAAAAGUGCCGCAAGGCCACUGAUUCGACAUUACAAGCUCAUUUUAAUCAAAUUCACUUUAAUUCCUAA